AACGAUCGCGGCGCGCUUGGCUGCUGUGAGCUCGAGGGGCCUCGAACCGCGCGCGACCCUCAGUUCGAAUUGAGCGUUUCGCGACGAAGCAACGAAGCCAGCGGUAACCAAUCUCCUCGUGUGUUGUUGUUCGGUGUUGUUGUUUCCUCGUAUUCGCCGAUUCUCCGUGUCCCCUCGACGAUGACACGCCGGUCUCCGAAAACGUGCAGGUGAAAAUAUUCUUGAGGCAACUGGUGUUUCUAUCUGUCCACACACAAUACACACUUCCGGUCUUUCUUUGGUCCUCGCCGGAUUCGACGCGGUGAUUCUCGCGCUGAGACUUCUCGAUACAAGGGGCGAUAUCAUCGACGAACAAGAUGUGGAACAACCUGACAUGCGUGGACGAUUUCCUAAAUCGAGCGUUUCACAAACUGGGCCUGGUGGUUGGCCACCAUCCCGGCUACUUCGUGAUAGUUCCGGUUCUCCUGGCCUGCAUCUGCUUCACCGGGUACCAGAGGAUCCAUUACGAGAUAGACCCGGAGUAUCUCUUCUCACCGACAAAUGGGCCGAGCAAGAUGGAAAGGGCGAUCGUCGAGCAGUACUUCAAGGUCAAUUACAGCCAUAAAUUCAACCUCGGCCGCAUCACCAGGCCAGGUCGAUUCGGUCACGUGAUUAUUACGUCGAAGGACGGGAACGAGAAUUUGCUGAGAGCAGCGGUGUUCGACGAACUUAGACAGCUGGACAAAGAGAUUAGAAACACGAAAGCCACCUACGAAGGGGAGGAGUUCACCUACAGUCAGAUCUGUGCCAAAUGGUUGGACACGUGUUUCAACAACGACAUUCUGGACCUACAUCAUGUCAUAGAGGAUGUGGAGAAGAGGGAGCUGAACCUGACGUUCCCCGUGACAUUGAACCCCAUCACUUGGGACAUCCACCUGCUACCAGUCUAUUUCGGAGGUAGCGUUAUCAACGAGGACCUGAUCAUCGAGUCUGUGCCCUCCAUGCAACUGGCGUACUUCCUCACAGCCGAUAAUGCUCGUCAGGAUGCGAUUGGAGCAGCCUGGGAAGAAGCGUUUCUCGAAACGUUGAGGAGAGUGGAGGAAGGGAACAUGUUCAAGCACAUCGCCACCGCCAGAUUCGCCUCGAGGACACUGGAACUGGAACUGGAGGAGAACACGAAGACCAUAGUGCCUUAUUUCUCCAGCACGUUCAUCCUCAUGGCUCUGUUCUCCGUGGUGACGUGCAUGAUGACCGAUUGGGUGCGCAGCAAGCCGUGGCUGGGUCUCCUCGGGAACGUUUCUGCGGCGAUGGCCACGGUUGCAGCGUUUGGCCUCUGCAUAUACCUGGGCGUCGACUUCAUCGGCUUGAAUUUGGCCGCACCGUUCCUCAUGAUCGGUAUCGGGAUCGACGACACGUUCGUCAUGUUGGCAGCUUGGAGACGAACGAGCAUAAUGAAACCGGUGCCGGAAAGGAUGGCCGCGACUCUCAGCGAGGCAGCCGUCUCCAUCACUAUCACAUCCUUGACUGACAUGAUAUCGUUCUUCAUCGGCAUCCUCUCACCUUUCCCCUCUGUGCAGAUCUUCUGCAUUUACUCAGGAUUCGCCGUGGUCUUCACUUUUGUCUUCCAUUUGACUUUCUUCACCGGCUGCGUGGCGAUUAGUGGUUACUGCGAGCAGAAGAACCUUCACAGUGUCGUGUGCUGCAAGGUGCAGCCCCUCUCUAAAUCAUCGAACAAAUCGUGGUUCUACAGGGCGCUGUGCACCGGCGGUGUGGACCCAGACGAUCCGUAUAACCCCGUCGAUAACCCGGAACACGGAUGCAUGAGUUGGUUCAGGGAUUACUUGGCUGUCGCGUUGAACUGCAGACCCGUGAAGGCCGUCAUCAUCCUGAUAUUCGCCUGUUACCUCGCUGGUGCUCUUUACGGUCUGACGACUCUUCAGGAGGGCUUGGAUCGUCGCAAGCUCUCCAAGAACGACUCUUACUCGAUCGCUUUCUACGACCGACAGGACUACUAUUUCCGGGAAUUCCCUUAUAGAAUACAGGUGGUAGUGAGCGGAAAAUAUGAUUACAGUAAUCCAGUGAUUCAGGAACAAAUGGAGAACCUAACAAGAUCGCUGGAGGCCAGCAAGUACAUCAGCAGCGCUCCCAUAUACACGGAGAGCUGGCUGAGAAGCUUCCUCAGCUACGUCAACAAUAGCGCCACCGAUGUAGAAAUCAGGGACGAAAAAACUUUCAUCAACGUGCUGAAAGACGUUUGGCUGUCGCCUAGAAGCAGCUUCUCUCUGGAUGUGAAGUUAGACCAAACCGAGGAACACGUUAUAGCAAGCAGAUUUCUCAUUCAAGCGGUGAACGUCAGUGGGACCAAUCAAGAGAAAGACAUGGUGAAGGAGCUACGUCGAAUUUGCACCGAGUCUCCGUUGAACGCCAGCGUCUUUCACCCUUACUUCGUGUUCUUCGACCAGUUCGAGCUGGUCAAACCCACCAGUAUCCAAUGUAUGGUCUUCGGCGCUCUCAUAAUGAUGCUGAUCAGCUUCAUCUUCAUCCCGAAUGUGCUGUGUUGCCUCUGGGUGGCCUUCUGCAUUAUUUCCAUCGAGCUGGGCGUGGCUGGAUACAUGGCUCUGUGGGACGUAAAUCUGGACAGUAUAUCCAUGAUCAAUUUGAUCAUGUGCAUUGGCUUCAGCGUGGACUUCACCGCUCACAUUUGCUACGCUUACAUGAGCUCUAAGCAAAAGACGCCGGAGGACAGAGUGAAGGAAAGCCUGUACAGUCUUGGCCUGCCAAUCGUGCAAGGGGCAAUGUCAACGAUUCUCGGCCUGAUCGCCUUGGUCCUGGCAGGAACGUACAUCUUUAUGGUGUUCUUCAAAAUGGUGUUCCUCGUGAUAUUCAUAGGAGCUAUGCACGGGAUGUUCCUGCUUCCGGUUCUACUCUCUCUCUUCGGCCCUUCGUCCUACAAGGACGAGAAGACAGAGUCAGACAAGAAAGACGUCGAGAAGGAUCUGAACUGCAAGCUCCAGCAGCCCUACGUGAUCCCCCAUCCAACGUUGACUUACUAUCAUUCUUCUGGCAAUGCCAAGAGCCUCCAGGGCAGUCCCGCGACGAGCCUAGCCGCCUUCGAGGACAGGGAUCCUGGCCUAGGGACCAGCGAAGACAGCAACUCUACGGAAAGCGGUUCUUCUCAGAGCAGACGAAGGGAAGGUCAACUGGAGCAGGAGAACCAGAGGAGGCACGACGUCUGGAGGAGGUCGAUAGGAGUUCUCUACGGCAUGUCGCAGUUCCAGACAGCUGCACCAGCAGCUGCACCAGCAGCUGCACCUCCUCCAGAUUACUCUGGGACGAGUCGGGAAGGAGCGCAGAACGAGCAGGAGCGGCGAGCAGCGAGAACAGUGUCGUACCUGGGACCGUAUCCGUCUCAGAGUCCAGCGAAUCAACUAAACAGGGAUCACAGGAGAAGUAGAUCCUAUCACAAUCUGCAUCACUCGUCGAGGUACCUGACUGACCCACGUUAACCUUAAGAAUGACAGGAGCGACCUGAGCUGAGGCUUGCAGAGGACAGUCCAAUCUUUGCUUUCUGUUUUCUGGGAGAUUUGUCAAUAAGAAUAGGAAUAGAAACGAACAAUUUCUUCUUGGAUAUAUGGUAUAUUCAACGAAGGAAGAGAUCUCUUGAGAAUCUGUCUUGGAUGAUGAUCAAGUCUCUGGAAGAGUAGCUAAUACGAUACAUUGAACAGAGGAGGAAAUUUUUGGAGAAUUUUGUUUGGAAGCUGAUGAGAAUAUAGGUAUUGUAAAUAGAAAUCUGACUGGAAUAGAAAUGAACGACACAAUUUCUUGCUUCAUAUGGGCAUAUGGUACACCAGCAGAGAGAAAAGUAACAUGUAAAGAGAAGAAAUCUUUUGGAAAGGAGGAAUCAUUCUGCAAGUCGUGUGCUUCAUCUCGGAAUGGAGAACUCGAGUGAUCAAAAGAGAGAGAGAGAGAGAGACUCGUUUUUCAAGUGUGAGCUCUAAGCGAGGAACAGUAUCGUAGAGAAAUAUAUACAGAACCCUCUACACAGAGUUACGUGAGCCUGUAUUUUUGAGAAUUCUCCUCGCGUUCAGUCUGCCCUUCUUUCUGUUAAUUAUCUGUUCGAAAGUACGAAGGACAGACUGACGGAUUUAAAAAGAUCGGGCUGACGCGUCGGGUCGUAAACAGUGAAUUUGAUACAUUUUUACUAUUGAGUACCGAAUGCAUGUUAACGAACUUGUUUCUCCACGUUAGUUCUGGCGAGAGCUUUGAGUCGGUAGUUCGUAGUAGGUGUACCAGCAGACAACCACCUAGUUACCGUGGUCACGAAGUCAGUCGGGGAUACACAUAGAGUGUAAGGACAAACCUGCUCAAAUGGAAAUCAAAACGAGAACGUUAUCGUACGAUGAAGUCAAUUCUUUCUUUUCAAGCACAAAAUUCGAAGAAUCAUUGAUCGUGCCUUAUCACGAGAUGCGUUCUCGACGGUGAAAUAACGACGAAGUAAGUUUACGACGUUGACUGCGCGAUAACGAAACGAAAUCGAACGAGUGACGAGAUCUGAGAUACUUUGUAAUCUAUAUUGUACAUUUUAUAAUAAAUUCGAAUCACCUUGAACGUGAUUUGAAGAUCAAAAUUCUUGAAAGCUUCGAAGAGAUCAGUUUUUGAAAGUCUUGAGGGUCUUAGUUAGUCUUGAAUUUUGAAUGGCUCAGUAAGGCUUUGGUUAGUCUCGAGUAUUGAAAGUUUUCAAAGUCUUAAAUUUCAAAUGCCUUGAAAGUCUUGGAACUUUUUAAAGUCUCGAGGCGUUUGAAAAUCUUAAAAGACUCGGUUAGUCUUGAGCCUUGAUUAACAUUGAAAGUCUUUUGAAUGUCUUAAUUACUAUUGGAAGUUCCAGUUGGUUCACAAAUGUUUAUAAAAUAAAAUAAAAAGUUCAUAAAUUUUGGAAGCCUUGAUAAAUCUUAAAAGUCUUUGUUAUUCUUGAUUCUUGAUUUGUCUAUUGAGUCUUGGUUAGUCUUCAAUCUUUAUUAAUAUUGAUUCUUGGUUAAUCUUGAAUUAUAUCUUAUCUAAGAUAUAAUCUUGAAUAUCUUAAUCAUUGAAAGUUUUAGUUAAUCAUAAGUUUUGGAAGUCUUGAUAAAUCUUAAAAGUCGUGGUUAGUCUUCAAUCUUUAUUAAUAUUGAUUCUUGGUUAGUCUUGAAUUAUAUCUUAUCUAAGAUAUAUUAAAUAUCUUAAUCAUUGAAAGUUCUAGUUAAUCAUAAGUUUGGAAGUCUUGGUAAAUCUUAAAAGUCUUGGUUAGUCUUGACUCUUGAUUAAUAUUGAGCCUUGGUUAGUCUUCAAUCUAUUAAUAUUGAUUCUUGGUUAGUCUUGAAUUAUAUCUUAUCCAAGAUAUAUUAAAUAUUUUAAUCAUUGAAAGUUUUGAAAGUCCUGUUAAAUCUUAAAAGUCUUUGUUAUUCUUGACUCUUGAUUAAUGUUGAGUAUUGGUUAGUCUUCAGUCUUUAUUAAUAUUGAUUCUUGGUUAAUCUUGAAUUAUAUCUUAUCUAAGAUAUAUUAAAUACCUUAAUCAUUAAAAGUUUUAGUUAAUCAUAAGUUUUGGAAGUUUUGAUAAAACUUAAAAGUUUUUGUUAUUCUUUAGUCCCGAUUAAUAUUGAAUCUCGGUUAGUCUUGAACAUUAAAAUUCUUAGUUAGUCUCGAGUCUUGAAACUCGUGAAAUUACGAAAGGGUUUGCCAGCUUGAGUAUAUUCAGUGCCAAACCAAUGUAAAACUGCCAAACGUAAAUAUCGGAGAAAGGCCACAGUGUUCAAAUUGUCAAACACUUUUCGAAACUUUCAAGAUGUCCAAAAUGAUCUAAGAUCUUCAAUUUUCGACUCAUAUUCGAAGUGAUUUGACAAGGUGUCCCAGUUAUUAAGAGAGUGAUUCGAAGGCAAAAAAAAAAAAAAAGAAAAAAAAAACGAGUCAAUUAAAAAAGGAAUGACGUUUAAAACACAAUUAGAACACAAACGUACGAAUAGAAAACGAACAUAGAACAGAAUUUCUCGAAACGUCGUUUGCCUUCUUUACUUUAAAGAAUCUCAACCAAGUCGUUAUGUUAAUCGACGAUCCUCGAAAAGUGAAGUCAGCCGGAGAAAAGCUGUGUAAUAUAUUGUCUUUUUUUCUUAAAUCAGAAGAGCAUUGCAAGUUUAACGGGGAAUGGCGAAAAGAAAAAGAAUAAAUCCGUGUAUGAUUUUUAUUUCGAAACGUCUACAAUUGUUACAGUGGAUGAAAUAAACGAUGCAUCCAGCCGCGUUGGGCGCAAUUCUUCUCUGUAUAGCACAAACGAGUAUGCGUGUUGCUGAGUGAGGAUGAGUGAAUACGAGCAUUAUUGUCACAGACUGGCAGUUGCCAUUGAGAAAACUUCUUGUAAGCGAAAUAUAUUCUGGUAAUAAUUUUCCCGA